CUUUAUAUCUUUCCUCCUUUUUUAUUCUGUCCAAGACCUCAAGGGAUGAGGCUGUCCAUGUUCAGGGCGGGUCUUCCUUCCUCAGGGAACCUCGCUGGGUACCUCACAGAUGGGCCCAGAGGUGUGUCUCCCAGGUGAUUCCAAGUCUAGCUGACCGUGAAGAUUAGCCAGCACGAUCACACACUGGUAUCAGACAGUCACAUAUCUAGAACUUCAUUUUCAACUUUAUUUUAUCAGGAUCUAAAGAAGAACAGGACCUUGGGUUCUUCUUAGGUCCCGAGGAUCAGGCCGUGGAUGACAAAGGGCCAGUGACCAGCAUCCUCCCAUCUCAGGCAAAUAGUUCUUGGGUGAUCAACCAUCUUCUUCUAGGGAAAAGAUGAAAAUUACAAACAGAGCAGCCAAGAAUGCAGUCAUCCACAUGCCUGGCCAUGCGGGAGGAAAAAUAUCUCCUGUCCCCUACGAAGACAUUAAGACAAAGCUCCACUCUCCAUGCAGGACUCACAUCCGAGUCCACAAAAAGAACAUGCCAAGGACCAAGAGCCAUCUGGGCUGUGGAGACACAGUAGGGCUAAUAGAAGAACAGAAUGAAGGCUGUAAGGCCAGCAGCUUGGGGGCAGCUGAGGAGUUUCCCUCCAGUUGUGCAGUAACAGCUCAGAGUGAGGGCAGCAGCGGUGACAGCGCCACUCCGAGGACAAUCGAAGGGCAGUCUCCAGAGCCCGUAUUUGGGGAUGCUGACGUUGAUGUGGCUGCAGUUCAGGUGAAAUUAGAAGCCUUGGAACUUAACCAAAGGGAUGCUACGGCAGAAACUGAGUCCAAGGGGCAGCAGCAUGCCCCAGAGUUAGCCGAUGCCCCUGGAGAAAACCAGACUGCCAGCAAAUCUCUCCCGGGAAGCAACUCAAAACCCCCCAUCUUCAGCCCCUUCCCCAGUGUCAAGCCGCUGCGAAAGUCAGCCACAGCCAGGAAUUUGGGAUUAUAUGGCCCUACCGAAAGAACCCCAACCAUGCACUUCCCUCAGAUGAGCAGGGGCUUCAGCAAGUCAGGCAUGGGGAGCAGCAGCACCAAGAAGCGAUGACGCCUCCUAGUGGUUGGCUCAGCGGCUAGACUCACGAGGCGAGGCAUGGCGGCCAAAGCAAGCUAGCCAGGCCCUUCCUGUUUCAUUUGUCCAAUAAAAAACGAGCUGAGAGGUUUAGAGCUGAGCACCAACAGUCUAUCCAAACGGGAACCGGAAGCUCCGUGGUGGGAACCAGAUGGGACCUUUCCCCACCUUCUGGGUAACUGGUCAAGUGGAUUCUUGUGACUAAAUAAAUCUAGUGCUUCUCAAGUA